AUGGCCUACAAUAGCAGUUACAAUCCCGAUGCGCUACCAGCACAUGCUGAGCCAGAGCAGGUCGCGCAGAUGAUCGGAUCCUUGCAAGUGGGAGGAAAACCAGCAUCAGCAUCAGCACCACAGAAACCGCUUCCAUCUCGUCCACCUGUACAGACUUUCCUUGGGGGAGGCGUCCCCCCUCGUGUUCCCGUCUCCAGUGCUCCCCCGCAGCAUAAUCCUUAUAGCUCGCCUGCCCCGCGCCCCGAUCUCCAAGCAACACAAUCCUACAACGGUCGCCCAACUAUCCCACCAAACCAACACCCUCCGUCCGGUCAACAAAAACCUCAUCCUUUACAUCCAUCACCACCGCCGCAAAACUAUGGCUUCGGUCCACCUCCAUCGCAACCCAACCGCAAUCGACCCCCGCCUUCGUCUCGACCUCCGCAAUCACCUGCCCCUCCUCCACUGGCAGUCCCCAGCGAUGACCCCCAACAGCUAUUCCCUCUCUUUCGCGCCGCGAACUCAUCACACUCCGGUUCUUUGACCGAGCACGAGCUUGGUUCCGCCCUCGUGAACGGAGACUACACCUCUUUCCAUCCCCGCACCGUGAAAAUGAUGAUCCGCAUGUUCGACCGAAACGGCAAUGGCAUUAUCACUUUCGAGGAAUUCGUCUCAUUAUGGCGCUAUUUGGCCGCUUGGCGAGAACUCUUCGACCGGUUUGACGAAGAUCACAGUGGCCGAAUCAGUCUAUCGGAAUUUGAGAACGCGCUGGUCGCGUUCGGAUACCGUCUCAGCCCGAAAUUUAUCUCGGUGCUCUUCUCCAUUUUCGAGAGCAAGACACGUCAGCUGAAUGCGCCGCCGCGGAGCCCCCAUCGGGAUGGCAUGAGCUUUGAUCUCUUUGUACAGGCGUGUAUCAGCCUCAAGCGCAUGACUGAUGUGUUUAAACGCUAUGAUGAUGACCGUGAUGGCUACAUCACCGUGAGCUUUGAGGAGUUUUUAACUGAAAUCCUCCAACUUCAGGAUUAG